AUGAGUUUAAGUUCUUUAUUGUUUAACAACAAAAGCCAGGCUACUGAAUCAGAUGAUCAUUAUGUUGAAAAUCGUGUUAUCCCAUCAAAUGUUAAUAUUUUUAAUAUGACAAGUAAUUUAGUUUUAGAUCCACAAAAAUUGAUUAAUUGGACAUCUUUCAACAGAAUCUAUUCCAUAAUAAGCGCAUAUGGUGGACCCUCCUGUAUAUUACCUACAAAUUCAUAUUUUGUGUUGGGUACAAUUAAAGGUGCCCUAUUAAUUUUCAAUUAUAAAGAAUUUUUGCAGGUCAUAUUAUUACCUCAAACUAAAAAAGAAAUUUCACCAUCUUUACAACAACAAAAUUCUUUAAUGAAUAGGUUUGUCACUUCGUUGCAUUCAAAAGUGGUUGAUAUUGUCAUGUCAUAUGAUGGUACACAUUUAGCUGCAAGUUACGAGUCUGGAGAUGUAUACCUUUGGAAUUUAAAUUAUUCUGCAGAUAUAUAUAGCAGUGAACUACAUUCUGAAUCAACUUUUUCUAAUAAUGAUAUUGUAGAUGGAUUUCAAAGAAUUAUUAAACCUAUUCCUGCCAUAUUACAUAUUACGGAACAUCAAGGAAAAGAAAUCACAGGGAUCGAUUUCAUGCCAAAUAGACAUACUGGUUUAAUCGUUAGUGAUACCCAUGGGAAUGUUCUCUAUCAUAAUGGACAUAGAACUGGGUUUUGGAAUAUGACAUAUAGUGUUCAAAGAAUUUUACAUGUGGCACCAAAUGAAAUUAUUUUAAAUACAUAUUUGAAAGGUGAUAAAUUAGCAAUUUUGACCAAUAGAAAUUUUGGGAUUAUAUCUACACAGAAAAACCAUGGUUUUGGAAAAAUGGGUUUUAAAGAUACAGUUGAAUUAGCUCCUAUUUCACGCGAUAUUGUUCUUCAAAAUUCUUUGUCUUGGACCGACAAUAAUCUUGCAUACUCUAUUAAAAAUCGAGUAACAGUAUAUUCUGAGAUUGAAAAAUUAAACAAGACUCAUAAAUUUGUUUGGGACUGCAAAGAACUUAUUCUUUCAAUUCAAUGGAUGGCACAAAAUUUAUUAGGUGUUUUAACUGUGUCUCACCAACUGUUAAUUAUUAAUCCAUUUGAAAAUUUCAAUAUUGUAAUGAAUAUAGAUCUCCUGACACAUGAUUUACUAAUUCCACCAAAUAAACAUUUUAAAUGGUACAGAAAUAAAUUAUUUCUACUCACUAAUUAUUCAUUCAAGAUAGGUAAAUUUGUUUCUUGGUCCAGUCUACUUUUGAAAAAGGUACAGAGUGGUGACUACAUAGGUUCGUUAUCUUUAUUAAAUCAAUUUGUUAGUGAAAAAUUUCCUAUUCCAACUUUCUUGAACUUAUCUACUAACUAUGAAGUUAGAAAAACUCAAUUAAAGGAUCCUUUUAAUAAUUUAGUAUUUGCUGCAUUAAAAUUUCUCCUGAAUAAUAAUAAAGUAGAUUCUAUUAAGAGUCUUAUAUCUAUGGCUAUUCAGUUACAAAUAAAAUGGUUCCCUAGAGAAAGUCAGAAAGUAACAUCUCAGUUUUUAGAUAUAACAUGGGAAACAAUACUUCAACAACCACAAGAUAUAAUAGAUCACUUUCAAGAGGUAUUUCUAAUUACAAUACAUGAACUAAUUAAUGGCAACGUCAUUAGAAGUCUAUCACCAACUCUGUUUCAGGCUAUUUUACAGAAAUAUCCAACAUCGAUACAAACAUUUCUGUUUAUGUUAGACAAAUCAAGCUGGGAUUGUGAUCUUUUGAUUCGUCUCUGUCAAGAACAACAUAAUUUAGAUAUGUUGUUGUAUAUUUGGAAUGUAUCUUUUAAUGAUUAUAUGUCCCCAUUUAUUGAGCUUUUGAAAUGGAUUAGGGAUGGGAAUUUGGUACACAGUACUGUUUUGGGUGAUGUAGAGAUGAAUUCUGAGGAGAACCUUAAUCCUUGUAUAAUAUUUGACUAUAUUGAAAGUUGUUACAAGGGAUUACAAUAUCCAACCUCAUUUGUUGUAGAAGAUAAGAUACAGAUCUAUCAGAAUCAACAACAUAUGACUUAUGUUCUUUUUAAUGGGGUAGAUAUUGCAUGGCCUUUUAACAGUGAGGAAAAAUUGAAAACAAUCAGGUAUAAUAGCAUUGGAAAUGACGAUGAACCAUCAUUUCCAUAUUUCAAGCUUUUGAUGAGAUAUGAUUCUAAAAGGUUCUAUGAAAUGCUAACAAAAAUAUUAAAAGACCCAUUUUUUAGUGGGUUAAACAAUGAGAAAAAGUUAGAUAAUUAUGUGGAUAAUAAUAAUUUUUCUGGCCAAUUCAUUUUGAAGAUUACAAAGCAAAGUGUAUUAGAUAUUUUGCUUAAUGUAUUAGAAGAAGAGAAAAUAUCAUUAAAUGAAUAUUCAAAGUAUUAUACAGUGUCAUUUAUUAUUUAUUAUUUAAAUCAAUAUUUCCAAAAUUUACAUAUUAAUAACACAGAAUUAGAUGCAAUUAUGAAUAUAGUUUCUAGUUUUCCUGAUACAUUAGGUUUGGACCAAGAAUCAAUUGAAUAUUUAAUAAUAGACAUGAUAAAAAUAUACAUACCAACUGAUUCAUAUCAUUUGAUAACACAGUGGAAAGCUAGAAAUUUUCAAAAAGUACUAUAUUUUUUUUAUAAGAGAAGUCAUAAAUACCUUGAAAUCAUAAAAAUGGUGUUAGAUAAAGAAAAUAAAAAUUUCUCAGAAGAUAUUGAUCUAUCUCUUGUUAUUGAGGAUGCAUGUUGUGAUACGGAAAAGAAGACUGCUGAUUUUAUUAGUAUGAAAGCAUUGAUCAAAGAGAAUUUCAAGUCAAUACUUGAGAUGACAACAACAGAAAAUAUUGUUAAUAUUAUACAAAAAAUUGAUCCAACACUGCAUUUGUUGAUUAAGUACAUAUCAGUUCCGGAUACAUUGAAAUUGGAUUAUCUUGAAUAUUAUUUUAUAAAUGUUAGGGAUAUGAAAUACCAAAAUACAGAAUUGAAAAGGUAUUAUAUUAAUUUGUCAUGUCAACUUAGGAAAGGUCAAUGUCUGACUAACUGGGUAAGAGAUAAGGGAUUAAUACUGUUGGGUGACAAUGAAUUACUAGAAGAACUUCAGAAAGUCAACAACUAUGAUGCCAUUUGCGCAAUCUACCGUCACAUGGGGAAAUUUUCUGAAGAAUUUUUGUGUAUUGUUAAAUGUGUCAACAAGCUUUUUCAAGAAAGGGGUGAUGUGAAUAUUGAUUCCUUGAAUAAUUAUGUUUCUUCUGGUAUUGAAUCCAUUUUGUCAAUGAAAGGUGACAGAGUAAAAUAUUGGAUCACAUUAGUAUCUACUAUUAUGAAAGAAUUCAGUCGAAACAGGGAAAAAAUUAGUAGAAAUCCAGAAUGUAAUAAAACAUUAAAUAAAUUAUUUUUUCAGAUGAUAGCUAUUGAAGGAAAAAUCGACAACAAUUUAUAUGAGAUUAUGACAGGUAUACUUAAUGACUGUGGUAUCAUAAUGACAAAAACAAAUGAUGUAGAAAAAUUAUUUGUUCAGAUUUUUACAUCAUAUAGGCUUGAAGAAGCUAUUUCAAAGACAUUAUUAAAAAUUAUUCAAGAAUCAUUCUUUGGAAUGGUCAAUAAUUAUCAGAAGAAAUUAAAAGAAGGAUGGGCGAUACAUAAUUCGGAGUGCGAAAUAUGUGGUAAGGCAUUAUGGGGUGUUGGAUUAGAUCCUGAUAUAUUUCUUCAAUGGGAAUUCAGGCAGAAAAUGCAAAAAUCAAUAGAGAAUCGAUCUUUAAAUGAUAUAAUGGUUGUUUUUAAGUGUUGUCAUGGAUUCCAUAAAAAGUGUUUGAACAAUUUAGGACAAAAAGAUGAUGAUUAUAAAUGCCUUUUGUGUUUGGCGAACAAUGAAAGAUGA